AUGACUUGGGAAGCCUUCCGGGCCUUAUUUGAUGAGAAGUAUUAUAAUGAGUCUAUUCGGGCGGCCAAGGCAGAAGAGUUUAUACGAUUGACUCAGGACAGCAUGACUGUGACAGAGUAUGCCACUAAGUUUGGUCGAUUGGCAAAGUUUGCUUCAGAUGAGGUGGCUACUGAAGCUGCUAGGAAAGCAAAGUUCAUUCGAGGGUUGGAUGAACAUAUCGCACGAGAUGUGAUUGUUGCUUCUAAACAACCGGGGGUUGCUCGAACUUAUGCUCAGAUAGUUGAACUGGCCCUAGUUUCUGAGGGUGCAAAAGCUCAGAUAAGAAAGAAAAAUAUUGCCAGAAGAUAUUCAUGGAAGCAAACAUCAGGUGCUGGUUCUGGUAGGGGUACUGAUCACGGUUUAAAAGGCGCCACCAGAGCGAGUGUCAGGCAAUGGUCUGUUUCCAAUGUGGGGGUGGUGGGUCACAUGAAGGGGCAUUGUCCACAGCUGCUACGACUAGAGCAAAAGAAGGAUGAUACACCCGCUCCUGCUCGAGUAUUUGCCCUGGCUCAAGCUGAGGCUGAUGCUGGACCUUCCACUGUAACAGGUUUCGGAACUUUGCUGCUUACUGGGGAGUUGGUUAUCUCCAGUAGGUGGGUGAGAUCCCUUCCAGUAUUUGUAAGAGGAAGGGAGUUAUCAGUUGAUAUGAUAGAACUAAAAUUGGAGGAUUUUGAUGUUAUUUUGGGUAUGGAUUGGCUUGCAAUAUACAACGCCACUAUUGAUUGCAAGAGAAAAAUGCUGCAGGGAAAGACCGUCUUCUCCAAGAUCGAUCUUCGAUCUGGUUAUCACCAGCUGAGGAUUCGGGAAGAGGAUAUUCCCAAGACAGCUUUCUGGACCCGGUAUGGCCACUAUGAAUUUCUGGUAAGGGGAAAGCAAAGGUUGAGCAGCCAUGAGUUCGAGGUCAUAGCAACAAUGUACAUAUCAGCCACAGUGUAUCGACCCAGUAAUCAGGAUGCUCUAUUUUAA